AUGGAAGCCCAUCAUCUAGCUCUCUCUUCCCUCAUCACCCUCUCCUUCUUAGCAAUAUUGUUGAGUGCAGUCGUCCCUAUGAGUGUGGAAGAAUCAAAAACGAUUCCUUACCCUUUCUGGGGAGGUAAUCGACCUGAACAUUCUGGUCCCCAAGGGUUCAAGCUCGAGUACUGCUACGACGAUGAAUACCCAAUUAUCAAAUUUGAAGAACUAGAGUUCCUCAUACUAAACAUCAGCGAAUCUCAAGAUAUCAUGACCAUCGCAAGAUUGGACCUCUGGGGUGGUUCUUGUCCUCAAACCAGCCUCAAUACCAGUUUGAAUUACAGUAUCUUUGAUUACACUUCAACCGUUCUAAACAUAACUUUGUUCUACGACUGCCCUCCUCAAGUCAUUAUACUUAUACCGGUCCAGAAUAAAUUUACGUGCAGCUUGAAAGGUAGUGACAGAAAAAAUAACGCUUACUUUGUAAACGAAUCGUUAGCAAAGAUCCAUAUUCCAGGCCUUGCGCAAUGCAGAGGAAAAAUCCGUGUUCCAAUUUCACGGAAUGCUAUUAUUGAUGAGUCUGCGGGUGUAGACCAGGCACUUCAUGAAGCAUUCAAUCAAGGGUUUGAAGUGGACUACGAUGCCUUGGACAAUAUUGCCUGUAACGGGUGUGUGGAAUCAGGUGGGAAUUGCGGUUCUAACGUAAUACACCAAUUUGUCUGCUUUUGCCGCGACGGAGAGCGCUCUUAUAACUGCCCAGAUAACAAUAUGUACUCUCUUUUUUCUUCUCACUUACCUGGAUUAGGCUGA